AUGCCGGAUUGCCGGUGGGUCGUUGAUGCCAAGCAUUACUCGGCAAGCAAAGUGAGUGCACAUGAUGUGGACAAGUUGCUGUCCGACAAGAAGUCACAUCGGGCUGAGAUUGGCAUCCUCAUGGUGUAUGUGGACGGCUCGUGCUCCCUUCCAAUCUCUCCAAAUGUGCAAAAGAUGGCGGAACAGCAUGGCAUCCUGAUUGUGCCCUACACAGGACAGAAUCCUGACAAGAACUGUAUGGCGCAUCUCAAAAUGAUCAAGAAGAGGGCGAACAUUUCUCCCCAGGUGCAGAAGAGCAUGAAGCUUAUCGAUGCAGGCCAGGAGGAGGGCGAGGUUCAAGGGGAAUCCGAGAAAAUCACAGAGACAGUGAAAGAGACAGUAGACGUGGUAGUGAUGGAUAUCGAAGAGCAAGUGAAAGACCUGAAAGCAGCAGUGAGUGAGCUGGAGGACAAAUUAUACGAAUGCCAGGACGACCAACAAGCCUUUAGGCGACAACAACUCUGGAGCUUGAAGUCACAAAUAGGAGACCAAAGAGCCGCAGCAGCGAAAGAAGAAUGCUUCGUCGGAUGGCCCAACCAGGCCACUUCAGACCAGAGAUCUCAGUUUGUGCUUUGGUGCUUGCAAGCUGCAGGACUUAGUGCAGAGAUGUGCCAAAUAUCGCAUACUGCAAAAUCGUCAGAGCUAUCCCGCAUGUCCAUCGUGUAUUUCAAACAAAGUUGGGUGAGAGCUCAACUUGACAAAUGGUUCAAAGACGAGUACAUCAACAAGAAGCGUCCUCUCAACUUCUAUGUCAACGGAACCCAUACCAAUGACCAGAUGAAGAUGAGACCGCAGAUUGGCUUGUGGGGCAGAUUGAAAGCUGAACCAAUCAAAAUUGUAUUGAAAGCCUUGGACAUUGCUCACGAGAAAGGACAGCUGAGAACAGAUCUGAGCAAACUGAAACCCUAUUGGGGUCACGAUGCCAUCCACGAUGACUACUACACAUACUGUUGGGUACAUUUUUCGGUCCGUGAUGUCCGUGCCACAGUCUUCUUGGACAACACCAUCUUCCAGAAUGUAGCAGACCAUUGGAUGGAAGCGCUGGAUGAAGUGGGAUCUGGAAAUAACAAGGGACAAGCAAACAAAGGAAAAGGCAAAGGAAAAGGGAAAAGCAAGACGUUCGAUACUCCAGCAGGAAACUAUCCAUUCGACUAUAAGUUGGCCUCUGUACAAGACUGGCGCUACGAUGAGCAUGUCAACAAACGCAAAGAAGAUGAGGACAGCCUUGACUCUUGA